GUCAAUGGUCAUUUACAGGGAAGACACACACACGCACACACUCACCCGAGUGUGUUGGCUGCUAAUAUGACAAUUUUUUUUGUGUUGAAAAGAGCUUCGUGUUUUCUUUCACCCUUCUCGCUCCCGUUCCGGCUGCGUGUUUGAACGCUCAACUGUGGCAGCCUUGAGGUUGUUUUGAAGAUUGUGGCAGCUUUUUUUUUCCAUUACUCGCGGACUGAAGGGGAAACAAACGAUAGGAAGCUCUUAUUGAAAACCGCACCGGUUGUAACGGACUUAUAUCAUCCAUAAGAAGACAGAAAAAGGGAAACGGAGACUUGUCUGGACAUUUAUUGACUGAAAGAAUCGCAAAAAUGGUCUUCCUUUGGGACGCCAAAUACGACCCCUGCCCUGGCCGGCGCUACACUCCCCCGUCCACCACCCUUGCCUCGGGGGGAAAGAUGGCCGAGGCCCUGGGUGCCCAGGAGGCCGGAGGCGGAGCAUCGCUGGUGGGCAAGUUGCGCAUGGCCGACCGUGACAUGGUGCUGUCAGAUCAUCCGGGCGAGCUAGUGAAGACAGACAGUCCCAACUUCUUGUGUUCAGUGCUGCCCACACAUUGGAGGUGCAACAAAACCCUGCCUAUUGCUUUUAAGGUGGUUGCGCUUGGCGAGGUCCCCGAUGGCACCAUGGUGACAGUGAUGGCAGGCAACGACGAGAACUACUCGGCGGAGCUUCGUAAUGCCACGGCUGCUAUUAAAAACCAAGUAGCCCGAUUCAAUGACCUGCGCUUCGUCGGCCGCAGCGGGAGGGGCAAGAGUUUCACCCUGACCAUCACAGUGUUCACCAACCCCUCUCAGGUGGCGACAUACCAGAGAGCCAUCAAAAUCACAGUGGAUGGUCCCAGAGAGCCACGACGUCAUCGCCAGAAGAUGGAUGACAUUAAGCCCGGCUCGUUGGCCUUUUCCGAGAGACUCACAGAGCUGGAGCAGCUGAGGCGGAGCUCCAUGAGAGUGACUCCCCCACACCAUCAUCAUCAUCCUCAUCCUCAUCAUUCUCAUCAUCACCAUCAUCAGCCCUCCGCUUGUAACACGCGUCAGUCGACGGCAGCGGCCACAUUGCACUCGGCCACGUUCUCCAGCCCCGCGCACACCCAGAUAGCAACUGAAGGGCGACAGAUGCAGUCAUCUCCAUCAUGGUCCUAUGACCAAUCCUACCCCUAUCUUGGACAGAUAAGCACACCUAACAUCCACACGACCAAUCCCCUUUCACCGAGUCGCUCAUCACUAGGCGACCUGUCCUCACGUCUUACAGGUCCCGACCUGACCGCAUUUAGUGACCCAAGGAUGACCUUGGAACGAUCUUUCACCUCUGUCCCCUCCUUGCCAGACACUCGCUUCUCAGACCCGCGUGUGCAUUACCCACCCACGGCUGCAUUCACCUACACGCCCCCGCACAAUCCCGUCACCAACGGCGCCCUCGGCAUCACCAUGGCGACAGCUAUGGCCACCACACCUGCCGGGAGGUAUCACACUUACCUGCCGCCUCCAUACCCAUCAAAUACGCCACACCAGGGCCAGAACAGACCCUUCCAGUCCACCUCCUCGCCGUAUCACGUGUACUACUCCACGGCUGCGGGCUCGUACCAGUUCUCCAUGAUGGCCGGGGGAGGUAGCGGUGACGGUCGUUCCCCUCCGAGAAUCCUACCGCCUUGCACUAACGCCUCAACAGGCUCCCCACUCCUGCACCCGUCUUUGCCCAGUCAGAAUGAGGGCGUAGCUGUAGAGGUGGAGUCCAGUCAUAGUAGCUCCCCGGCAAACGCGGAGGCCGUCUGGAGACCUUACUGACGGGAAUCAACAAGCAUUUUCAUCAAUGCCAAGUGUGGCUGCGCCAUCAUCACUAGGUUUUGAUGAUUGUAUGAAGGUCAGCAGCGCUACAGAUUUUCAGGACUCUUCAGUCAAAAAUGUUUGAGGUCAAAGGUCAUAUUAGUACUUUUAAAUUGUGCAGAUGAUCUUCAAGCAGAUUGUAUUAUUUCAGAUGUUCAUUGACUCCAGAGUUAACCAGACUUGUAACUCAGAUCACUUGUCUCAAAUCAACUUUCCCUCUUAAAAUGAAUGGAAAUGGCAUGAAUCCAUUCCCCCCUCCCCAAAAUGCUGUUUUCUUACAAAUAAUGCUGUCAAGCUGUAUCAAAUUCACAUGUAAAUACCUGGAAAUAAAAGCUGAAAUGUU